GAACUGCAACCAGUGAAAGUGAGGAGAAAAUCAGUGCCUGAGAGCUUAACAUAUUUCCCAGGCAUGGAGAACUUUUAUAGCUGGAGAGCCAUUCGGGUUGUUGGGUCAUGACAGAGCUGUUGUCCCGGUUUGAGUACUUUCCUUUCAAACCCUGUGGUUAGGAAGCGUGUCUGGAUUUUACUCGUGUUUUGUCACAGAGGGGAGGAGGAGGUAAAAAAAAAAAAAAUACCAGCCGCCAUCUUUUUGGAAGUGACUGGGAGUGGGGAGUUAACGUUAACGUUAACGUUAGCUUUCGAGCUAUUAACAGCCACUGGCUAUUUUUUUUAUGAUUAUUAUUAUUAUUAUCUCAAGAAGUCAUCACAUCCAAAUCAUCCCAUGCAACACAACAGUAAACACUAACGUUUUCGGACACUAUCAGCUGAAGGACCUGGCAGCGAGACAAGGAUUUGCCGAGGGGUUGAAGGAAUAACAAACCCGUCCACAGUUGUGUCAAAUCUGUGGCCAGUUGUUUGCUGCCUGCUCUUCCCUGGAUAACUGCGUUGGAGGCUAGCCGAGCUAGCAAGCCUAGCUAAGAUUUCCCUCCCUCAAUCCUGUUUCUGUCAAAACUGGCCUGUUGGACGGGUCCCUAUGCACACGCUGCCACUCUCUGGCAGAUGAGUCAUCAUCGGGGGCUUGCGCGUCGCAGUCGCACGGCCAGAUAGUCCCCUGCGAGCGCAGCAUGCCCUCCACCAGCAGGGCAGGGAACCUCAAGGACCCCGAGAUCGCAGAGCUGUUCUUUAAGGAAGACCCUGAGAAGCUCUUCACUGACCUGCGCGAGAUUGGACAUGGCAGCUUCGGAGCUGUGUAUUUUGCACGUGAUGUGCGGACCGCAGAGGUGGUGGCCAUUAAAAAGAUGUCCUACAGUGGAAAACAAUCCAAUGAGAAAUGGCAGGAUAUCAUUAAAGAAGUAAAAUUCCUCCAGAGAAUACAGCACCCGAACAGCAUAGAGUAUAAAGGAUGCUACCUACGGGAACACACAGCAUGGCUUGUGAUGGAGUACUGUCUGGGUUCAGCUUCCGACCUCCUUGAAGUUCACAAAAAGCCCCUUCAGGAAAUUGAGAUUGCAGCUAUCACCCAUGGUGCUUUGCAGGGGCUUGCCUACCUUCACUCUCAUAACAUGAUUCACAGGGAUAUCAAAGCUGGGAACAUCCUGCUGACUGAACCUGGCCAGGUCAAGCUGGCAGACUUCGGUUCUGCCUCCAUCGCUUCUCCGGCCAAUUCCUUUGUGGGGACGCCAUAUUGGAUGGCUCCAGAGGUGAUUCUGGCUAUGGAUGAGGGGCAGUAUGAUGGAAAAGUAGAUGUCUGGUCUCUUGGGAUCACCUGUAUAGAACUUGCUGAGAGGAAGCCUCCUCUGUUCAAUAUGAAUGCAAUGAGUGCCUUAUACCAUAUAGCGCAGAAUGAGAGCCCAGCACUGCAGUCUAGUGAAUGGACGGAUUACUUUAGAAAUUUUGUUGACUCUUGUCUUCAGAAAAUCCCCCAAGACAGACCACAAUCAGAGGACCUGUUACAGCACGCAUUUGUUCAGCGAGAGAGACCAGAAACUGUCCUGAUUGACCUGAUCAUGCGGACCAAGGAUGCAGUCCGGGAGCUGGACAACCUGCAGUACCGCAAGAUGAAGAAGAUCCUCUUUCAGGAGGCCCACAACGGGCCAGCUACUGAGGCCCCAGAGGGAGAUGAGGAGCCUGAGCAUGGGGCUGGGCGCACAGGCACAGUGAACAGUGUAGGAAGUAACCAGUCCAUCCCCAGCAUGUCCAUCAGUGCCAGCUCUCAGAGCAGCUCUGUCAACAGCCUUCCUGAUGCUGCAGAUGAUAAGAGUGAACUGGAGCUGAUGGAAGGAGACCACACCGUCAUGUCCAACAGCUCUGUCAUACACCUCAAACCUGAAGAGGAGGAGGUUUACCGAGAUGACCCAGAGGCACGCAGUCAUCCCUCUGAGCCCCAGGCAGCUCCAGCUCAGCCGCCCCCACGCAAAUACCACCGCAACCGCGAGCACUUUGCCACCAUCCGCACAGCCUCACUGGUGACGAGGCAGAUGCAAGAACACGAGCAGGACUCAGAGCUGAGAGAGCAGAUGUCUGGCUAUAAGCGCAUGAGACGGCAGCACCAGAAGCACCUGAUGGCCCUGGAGAACAAGCUCAAGGCUGAAAUGGAUGAGCACAGACUGAAGCUGGACAAGGAGCUGGAGACUCAGCGGAAUAGUUUCGCAGCCGAGAUAGAGAAACUGGUCAAGAAACACCAAGCAGCCAUGGAGAAAGAUGCCAAGUCAUUUGCCAAUGAUGAGAAGAAGUUCCAACAGCAUAUCCAGGUCCAGCAAAAGAAAGAGCUAAGCAGCUUUCUCGAAUCCCAGAAACGAGAGUAUAAACUACGCAAGGAGCAACUGAAAGAGGAGCUGAAUGAGAACCAGUCCACGCCCAAGAAGGAGAAGCAAGAAUGGUUGUCCAAGCAGAAGGAGAACAUCCAGCACUUUCAGGCUGAGGAAGAAGCCAACCUACUCCGCCGACAGCGGCAGUACCUAGAGCUCGAGUGCCGCCGCUUCAAACGUCGCAUCCUCAUUGCCAAACACAACGUAGAGCAGGACCUCGUGCGAGAAGAGCUGAAUAAGCGUCAGACGCAGAAGGACCUGGAGCACGCCAUGCUGCUGCGUCACCACGAGUCCAUGCAGGAGCUGGAGGUGAGGCAGCUAGGCACCAUCCACAAAAUGAGGACCGAGCUUAUCCGCCUGCAGCACCAGACCGAGCUCACCAACCAGCUGGAAUACAACAAGCGCAGAGAGAGAGAAUUGCGCCGCAAACAUGUCAUGGAGGUCCGGCAGCAGCCCAAGAGCCUAAAGUCCAAAGAGCUACAGAUCAAGAAGCAGUUUCAGGACACGUGUAAGAUCCAGACGCGGCAGUACAAGGCCCUGCGGAACCACCUGCUCGAGACCACGCCCAAGUCAGACCACAAGGCUGUGCUGAAGAGACUCAAGGAGGAGCAGACAAGAAAACUGGCCAUUCUCGCUGAGCAAUAUGAUCACUCCAUCAAUGACAUGCUCUCCACACAGGCUUUGCGACUGGAUGAAGCCCAGGAGGCGGAGUGUCAGGUGCUGAAGAUGCAGCUUCAACAGGAGCUGGAGCUUUUGAACGCGUAUCAGAGUAAAAUCAAGAUGCAGACAGAUGCUCAGCAUGAUCGCGAGAGGAAAGAGCUAGAACAGAGAGUCUCGCUGCGCAGAGCCCUCCUGGAACAGAAGAUUGAGGAGGAGAUGGUGACUUUGCAGAAUGAGCGUUCAGAGCGAAUCCGCAGCCUGCUGGAGAGGCAGGCGCGUGAGAUCGAAGCCUUCGACUCGGAGAGCAUGCGCCUAGGCUUCAACAACAUGGUGCUGUCCAACCUGGCCUCAUCUGACAGUCACAGCCACAGUUUUCCAGGUGCGCCGGGUGCAUGGGGUUCACCGCACAGUGCCGGAUCACAGGGUCCACACUGGGGCGGCCAGCAGGGCCAUCAUCACCACCACCACCACCACCACCAUCAGCACCAUGCCAGCCAGAGCGGCUCCAUCCAGCAGCCCUGGGGACACAGCGGCCAUUCUCCCUGGGGCCACCAUGGCACAGGUGGCAGCCAGCGGUCCAGUGGUGGCGGGGCACGGAACAGCCCUCAGGCGGCGCGGCGAACCUCAGCGGGAGGCCGCAGCGAGCAGGGAAUGAGCAGGAGCGCCAGCAUCGCCUCUCAGAUCUCCAACGGCUCACACCUGUCAUAUACAUAAGCCAGCCCACUCUAACACUCCCCCAACACACACACACGCACAUUGUCCAAGAGGGGCACGAGGUACACCAAGGUCAGAGAGGAGACACAGAGCCCUGAGGGGUAUUUGCUUUAUCACUUUCCCUCUACCACACUUUAUUUUUGCAGUUGUGAAAAUGCUCCACUGAAAAAAUGCACCUUAUAUUUAGGAUCCUCAUUGGAAAAGGCUCACAGGUUCAGAUAUAUCUGCAAAUAUGAUCAAUCUAUAGGAUUCACUGUAUAUGGAGCAAGCAGUGCAUUAAUAUGAUAAACGGGAUGUGAGUAUGUGUGUUUAUGAAUGUGUUUCAGAUAGAGAGGUGGUGUUUGAGCGUUUAAAUAGACAGGGGCAGCAUCACGCAUCAUUUUUUAAUGGUCCAUGCACAUUAUAAAACAUUGAGCAGUUUGUGCCCUAAAAGCUAUGUGGCACCAUGAUGAAAGAAUCCAACCACGAGGACACGUAAGACGCACUAGUGACCCGAUGUAAUGAGGGGACAGAGACCUAAUGAGGUAUGCUUUCGUUCCCUUGUGGUUUUAGGGCACAUAAUUGAUCGUGUUGCAACUAAACUAUCUGAUACAAAUUGAUUUAAAAAUCAAUAAAUUGUAAGCACAUAGCCCCUCAGUGUGAAUGAGCGAGACGCCCUAGUUUAUGAAAAGUUCUUUCUGUUAAGUGCAGUGCAUUUGCUGAGACAGGAAGUACAGCCUGGAUUUUAUCAUGAACUUGUUUCCAGGUUAUUUGCAGUUUGAUUGCUCAAAGAAUGUUAUAGUCAGUGUAUCUUCUCAAUGAGAACCUCUGCAGUAAAGCAGCAUGGUUUGGUGAUCUGAGAUGAUAACGCUAAGGUUUUUAAGGGAAAAAAAAAAAGUGGCACAGGAAGCUGACAGGAUGCAGAAGGAAAUGGUAAUCGUUGAUUACUUGGGAAGCCAGUGAGUAUUUCUCUAAGUAAUUAGUUUCCUACCUUUGGCCAUAAUCUUGCUUUUUGUGUUUUGUUUUAUGUUUUUAUCAUUGAUGCUGUGCCAUGGAUAAAAUUAUUAACAACAUUGGUUACUUUUAAAAGGUUAAGCACUAAAAGUUCUGAAAGAUUGUUUUGUUUCGCCUGUGUCAGGCAUCAGGGUUGGUGCGAAUCACCUGGAUACCUUCAGCAGCGCCACAAAACCACGGUUACUUGCUAAGGUUUUUAACAAAAGCAGCACAGGAAGCUGACAGAUGUGGAAGGAAAUGGUAAUUGUCGAAGCCAGUGAGUAUUUCUCUAACUAAUACUGUGAACCUUGGCAAGUGUUUCUGUGGCGUGGUUCUAUAAACACUACAUCUUAUUGAUUGUGUGCCUUUGCUGAACGUCUCGGCAUGCGUACACUCGCACAAAAACGUAUCCAUGUGAUUAUCACCGGUGUUCAUAGAACCUCAGUUACAUACUUACAUACUAGCAUUCUUAAUCUAAACUUUUUUGUUUCAGUUUUUUUUUUUUUUUUUUUUUUUUUUUUUUUAAACAAUUUAUAUUGAUGAGAGAAUCCUAGACAAGUGCAGCAGUGAUAAGCUUAUUUGUGUGUCUACACUAAUUUUCAAUACAAGCACACUAAGAACUGGGUUCCAUGUAUUGUAAUGGAACCUUGUUGCAUUAAAAAAGCAUUUAUUUUGCCAUGUUGUAGGUUGUUUAAUAGGUUUGAAGAGCUAAAUAAGGAACUGUACGUUGGAAAUAUUGUUGGGGAAAAAAGUUUGGGAAGCGUUAAUAUGAGUAUAUUGAUGGCUAAUUUGGGUAAUAAAAGGAAGUUGUUGCCGUGUGUGUGUGGGCAACAGGAGAAUGUCGGUGUGUGUGUGUGUGUAUUCUCUCUGUGCUAAUAUAGGGAGGAUAGAAUAUAUUUGAUGGUUGUCAGUAAGAUAUUUGAUUUCUAUUCAAAAUGCCAAAGUUAACUUUGAUCCCAGCUAUGCAAUGAGGAGGUUUUUAGCAUCUGCCAAGACAAAAAUAGUCAUUAUGUGCUGCUCUGUGUCCUCUCUGUCUCUCGGACCCAUGGUGUGUUCUCUUCUGCCCCUCUCCGGGCUUGGCGUCAGGGCAGUAUGUGUGGGUUUGGGGGUGGGAAGGUCUCUUUCAGGCAGGUUUGCGACCGGUGAAUGUUUUUGCUGGGUGAGUGGGUGUGCUGCCGUCACCUCCACGAUGCCUUUGUCACCAUCACACUCAUCCCAGAGCUUUGGGCAUCUCCCAGCCGACAUCUCCCUUCAACCACCGUAUAUAAUUAUGUGUACAAACAAAUGAUUAAAAAAAAAAAAGAGCACCAGAAAGCAUAUAUAACGUGUUUAUGGAAAAUAGUGAGGAGACAACUUUAAGUGGGAUGUAUAGAGAAAGUUUGUGUAUAUUGUACAAAUAGAAAAUGUUUUUAAAAAAAAAUUAUAAAUCUAUGAACCCAAAAUACCCAAAUUUAAACUAGAUUUAAAAUUAGCUGCUUGAAUGUGAGGGGAAAAACAAAACCCAGCUUGGUGUCUAAGAAUAUUUAAAGCAAGAUAUCAGGAGAUAACGCAUUAAAAGAAAAUCACACACCUUGCAUCCUCCCUGACGUAAAUAGCAUUUUUCCCACAUUGUUGCUCCUCGGUCUUGUGCUCUUACUUUACCAAUGGCAACAGAGACAUUUGUGAAGCUUACUUUAUCACAUGAUCCAAGGAGGUUCGCCUCGUGUUUAAAUAACUGCCAUCAAAAUUAUUUAGACUUUUUCAUCUGUGUCCCAGCCUUUGAAUGCCUGUCUUUGUGGUCAUUUAAUGAACGUCUAGUGUUGUACAUGUUCUCAAGCCUGUGCAUGGCAUCACUGAUUACAUAGAGAUGUCAAUAAACUCAACUUUAAUUUAGCCUAUAUAUUACGAGCCGACUGAGCCAUUGCACUUUCAGGCCUCAAAGGAUCGGGGCCAAAUUUUAAAAAGAGAGAGAGAGAGAGAGAGAAGCUAACAUGCCAAAAUCACUUCAUAACCUCAUAAAUGCUCUGUUGGGAUCAGGAGAGGAGCCACAGACCCAAAACUCAAGAGCUUAUUACACCUGGACACUGGUUAAGGUCAGUCACUCUCUUGUAAGGUCCAGCAGCAUGGAGAGGAGAGAGGUGCGCCCUCUUGUGGAAAUGUAAUCUCGCGCGUCACAUCGCAGCCCUCAUCAUACCCAUGUUUUAAUGAUCCUUUUUAAAAGUGUGAGAACAAGGGAAAUGGGCCGUAACUAAGCAAGGGGUAUGUCUGUACAGUUACAGUGUGUUCACCAGUAUUCCUUCAAAUUAUUGAUUAUUUUUCCUUUUUUUUUUCUGCUUCAACAUUACCAUAACAAUCCAUAUAUAACCUGUAUUAAAAUGUAUAGAUUGUGAAAAGCUGAAUGUCAUAAAGAUUAUAACAACAAAAUGUAUGGCUAUUCACAAUAAGAACAAAAAAUCCAAUUAAAAUGUAAACAAAAAUUCUGAAAACUGUACGGGGACAAAUGUAAUGUUUUGUUUGUAAUUACUCCUUUUGUUGGCAGAGGGCUACUGGAUAAAAAAAUCAUCUGUAAUAAAGUAAUUUUAAUAUA